GCUGGCGGGCUCCGUGAGGGCGCUUGGAAACUAGCGGCGAGGCCCCGCCCCCGCAUAGGAGCCAAUCCUGAGCAGCCGAGGGGACGAACCCCGGAAGCGAGGUGUGCGGCGGCGAAUUCCCCUCUGUAAGAUAUUGAUGAAUAAAAUAAAGCAGACAUAAUUCAUCUCUAAAAAGAUUAUUUAUAUGCUGGUAUUUGAAAUGCUUUGUGUGUAGAAUAGUAGUAAAAAUGGAAAAGGAGAAAGUAAAUGAUGAUGGACAACCAGACCCAGAGAAUUCCUUGGACAUUUCUGAACACUUUAACCAACUUGAGUUGUUGGAAACACAUGGACACCUUAUCCCCACUGGUACCCAAAGUCUCUGGGUAGGGAAUUCUGAUGAAGAAGAGGAACAAGAUGAAGAAACUGAAGAGUGGUAUCAACUCCAAGAAAAAAAGAUGGAAAAAGAUCCAAGCAAAUUGCUUCUUUGGGCUGCUGAAAAAAAUCGGCUGUCUACCGUGCGGAGACUACUUUCGGAAAAGGCCACUCACGUGAACACCCGAGAUGAAGAUGAGUACACCCCUCUUCACCGAGCAGCCUACAGUGGACACUUAGAGGUUGUCCGUGAGCUAAUUGCACAAGGAGCAGAUGUUCAUGCGGUGACUAUGGAUGGCUGGACACCCCUGCACAGCGCUUGUAAGUGGAAUAAUACUAGAGUAGCUUCUUUCCUACUUCAGCAUGAUGCAGAUAUCAAUGCCCAGACAAAAGGCCUCUUGACCCCCUUACACCUUGCUGCUGGGAACAGAGACAACAAAGAUAUCCUAGAACUCCUCCUGAUGAACCGCUACGUCAAACCCGGUCUGAGAAACAACUUGGAAGAAACUGCAUUUGAUAUUGCCAGGAGGACAAGUACCUAUCACUACCUCUUUGAAAUUGUGGAAGGUUGCACAAAUUCUUCACCUCAGUCUUAACGAUUCUAAUCAUUUAGUACCAGUGCCUCCUUUCUAUGAGAUGUCAAAAACCCCGAUAAGACAAAGUUGACAUCAAAAGUCUUUACUACAAAAAUUCAGUGGUACUCGUUAUAUCCAAGUGAAUUGCCUGACCUUGAUGUCAAAAUGUAUUUGAAAGCUGUUUGGAUAUAUCUUUACUGGUUUCUGUGGAGUGUGUGGUUUUUAUCAGAAAAAUUUUAACUUAUCUAUACUUAAAAAUUUGCCCCGAGUUGUACAGAAAACUAAUGAUAUUUUUGGUGCUGACCCAAGGGAAAUGUAUUUUUAAAUAUCCCCAUCCUGAAUUUUUGUUGAAUAUUUAGUAUAAUGACAUGUAUUUUUAUAAGGUAAAGCAACUCAGAAUUCAAUUUAAAAGUCUUAAGUAUACUGGUGCAGUUCAGCUGUCAUAGCCAUUUGCUUUCAUUUUAAACCAUAAGAACUAACGUAGUGACUUGAAUUUUCAGAAGUUAAAUAAAGUCAAUAACCUAGAUCUUUGUGUUUUGGAACCUAGAAUUUUAGGAAAGUAGUUAGCUGGGUGUUUAAUCAAUGAUUGUUAUAUACUGCCUCUCCUACCACAAUUCACCCAGACCUGAGGAUAGUCCUACCUCACCCUGGUCCACCUAUAUAAUCUUUAUUCUAUUGGUGAAUUAGCAUGACUUUUAGACAUGCCUACAACUAUACCUUGGUCCAAGAGAUUGUAAUAUAUCUGCUGCCCUGUUGGUUUUACCUGCCUAUUUGGGCACUGUUCUUCUAGCUUCUCAAGUUCACAGGAAGUAUUGAUUUUCCAGGGUCCUCUUUUUAUACAAACCAUACAAAGGCCAAGUGACAAAUGAAAAGGAAUUCUAAGAGUGAGGGGAUGAUGAUUAUAUUGGGGCUAGAACCGCACAGUGGCUCAGGCUUUUUUUUUUUUUUUUUUUUUUUUUUUUAAGUCACAGUGAGAAUAGUGACAAAAGCAUAAAUAUAAAUAUUAAAAAAACAAAAGUUUUGAACAACAACAAAAAAGGCAUGAAUUUUUUUUUUUAACUGUAUAUAGCACCCUUGAAUCCAGAGCAUAUUUGUUCAUCCAGCAUACAUUUAUUAAGUGUCUGCUCUCCUGGUCUCUCCAGCAGCAGUUUCCCAUUGACUACCAAGCCCUCUGUGACUAUUCCUGAAGGCUUUUCUCGUAUCUUCUCGACACCAGAACUAACACUAGACAAAGGGCACUAAAUCAGUGGUCCCUUAUUUCAAUUAUAUUUUUUUCAAUGUCAACCAAGGUCUGUCUAUUUUGAGUCAGCACUUGUAACCCGAUCACCCUAGAGUAAGUAACGUUGUUUCAUCAAAUAUGUGUGGCAGUUUUUACAUUAGAACAAAAUUGGAGAAUCUCUGAAAAGUUCAAGGUAAUGUAGGACUGAAUAUUGUGACAAACUGGUCUCAAGAGUUAAGAGAACUUCAGUUGCUUUGUGAUAUCUGGCAAGGAGAGGCCUGGGUUUCAGAAUAUCAAUAUCUAUGAUAUAAGGGUUUUGGCAGAAAGUGAGAGUUGCUUUGUAUUUCAUCUGACCCAAUUUAGUGAUACCACAUGACAGACAGUAUGACAGGACCCGUCCUAUUUCAGUAGACUGCUAAAUGAGGCUGCCUGGUUAUCUGGAAGGCAAAGAGCCCAUGGCUCCUUUCUUAAUUGGGAGUGAGUUGCAUCCAUGAUUUUAUAUAAGCUUUUCACUUAAGUACUGUAUAGGGCCGAAGAAGCCACCUUUUUUCUGACCAGGAGGUGAGUUGACAUGUAACUACUUCCUGGUUUUCAGGCCUCAACACUAUAAACUAGUGCAUGGGAAUCCCUUCUAUCCCUUAGGGCAGAGUUUAUAUCAUUUGCUUCCUUUUUACUCAGUAUUUACUAGACUCUUCUAUCUGUAGAAGUCAUUCACUAAUCAUGCUUUUUACUAUAUUACCUACCUGCACUUUGUAGUUUCAGAAGACUAAAUAGCUCAGUUUGCAAACAAAAUUUUCUCUUACCUUAUACUU